GCAUAAAAGGGCUUCCUGUCAGGAUAGGAUGGACUGGCUCUUCAAAGACAGACCAGAAAAAUGCAAGGGCAUAGGCCUCCCAGAGAGAUUAUAGCUGGAGAAAUUGGAAGAGGGGGCUUGGAUUUGAGAGGAACUUGGGCCCCUGUAGUGAGAACGAUUUGGGAAGACACUUGGAUGGAGAUUUGUUGAGGGUACCGCUGCUCUGAGAGGGUUAGUAAUUUCAGUGGCAAAGCAACACUGUUUGGGGUCUUCCUGGUGGGGGGGAGUCUGUCAUGGGUAGUAAACUGUUGCUAGGCUGGUGGCUACUAGGGACACCGACUACUGGAAAAGAAGGGUCUGGGAAGAUUUGGUCAUCGUUAGAGAGGGGAAUACGAUAGGUAGUUAUUCUUUUUGGAAAGAGCCCGAGGACACUGAUUGUUGGUAAGAAGAGCCACGGAGGCUGCAGGGACACCAGUUCCAGAACCUGGACAAGAGGGUGGGUUGGUGGAGACGGCUCAGCUUGGGCCAGUGGGCACGCCCUGCCCGAGGCUGCAGUGCCCGUUCUCGCCAGCUGGCCCCGGGCCCCGCCCGACCCCCUCCCGCCAUUUCGGGUCGACGUGGGGUGCGCCCCAAGCCCCGCUGCUGAGCCAGCUGCCUCCCUUAGCUCCACACCCGAGCCCGGCCGGCUGCGCUCCCGAGGGAGCAGGCGGAACGCACCACGGUAGCUGGAGGGGUGGGGGGGGGGAAUAGGAAACAGGGGGGAGCGAGGAAUGCGGCAGCCUGCUCCCCCCCCUCCGCCUGGCCCAACCCCCCGUUACCCCCCCCUCCUCCGCCAGCCGAAUGGUCUGCUCCGAGCGCCCUAUUUAAUCCCCGCGACUGCAGCAGCGCCGGCUCCCUCCCCGUCCCCGCCUCGGCCCCGGGCUCCGUUGCGGCUCGGGGGACGCUCUUUCCGCCAAGACCGUCAUCGGACCCCCCCCUCCUCCGCCCCUCCUCCCUGCCUCGGGGGACCCAGGCUCGCCAGCGCCCAGCCAGGGAGCCGGCCGGGAAGCGCGAUGGGGGCACCCACCGCCCUGCCCCUGCUACUGCUGCUCGCCUGCUGCUGUGCGCCCGGCGGGGCCAACCUCUCCCAGGACGAAAGUCAGCCCUGGACAUAUGAUAUGACAGUAGUGGCUGGUGAUACUGUACAACUCAAGUGCCAAGUGAAAGAUCCUGAUUCUUCAUCCCUACAGUGGUCGAACCCUGCUCAGCAGACUCUCUAUUUUGGGGAGAAGAGAGCACUUCGAGAUAAUAGGAUCCAGUUGGUGCGCUCCACCCCCAACGAACUGACCAUCAGUAUCAGCAAGGUGGCCCUGGCAGAUGAGGGCGAGUAUACCUGCUCCAUCUUCACUAUGCCUGUGCGCACUGCCAAGUCUCUCGUCACUGUGCUUGGAAUCCCACAGAAGCCCCAAAUCACUGGCUAUGUGUCUGCAAUCCCGGAGAAGGGGAAAGCCCACCUUACGUGUCUGUCGAAAGGAAGCAAACCUGCUGCAGAGAUCAGCUGGAGGAAGGGUGAUCAGGAGCUCAAGGGGAAGCCACUCAUGGUUCAGGAGGAUGUCAAUAAAACGUUCACAGUGAGCAGUUCCGUGGAAUUCCAGGUGUUCCGGGAGGAUGAUGGAGUUGACGUUACAUGCUCCGUAAAGCAUAAGUCUCUGCAGGACAUGGACAGGUCCACCUCUCAGAGGAUCGAAGUCCUCUACACACCAACAGCAAUGAUUAGGCCAUAUCCCCAACACCCCCGAGAAGGCGAGAAGUUGAUGCUACAAUGUGAAGGUCACGGCAAUCCUGUCCCCCAGCAGUACGAGUGGGUGAAGACAGGCAUCGAACCGCCACUGCUGAUGACCCAUGAGAGUGCCCUGAUCUUUCCAUUUCUCAACAAGAGUGACAGCGGCACCUACCGAUGUACAGCCUCAAACAACAUGGGCAGCCACAUAGCCUACUACACCUUGGAUGUCAGUGACCACAGCCCAGUGAUCUCAACUUCCAGCACCUACCAUGCUGUCAUUGGGGGCAUUGUGGCCUUCAUCGUCUUCCUGCUGCUCAUUCUGCUCAUCAUUCUGGGCCACUACCUGAUCCGGCACAAAGGCACGUACCUGACACACGAGGCCAAAGGCUCAGAUGAUGCACCAGACGCUGACACAGCCAUCAUCAAUGCAGAGGGUGGGCAGUCAGGCGGGGACGACAAGAAGGAGUACUUCAUCUAGGGGUGUCUGCCCAUCUGUUACGGCCCCCCCGGGGGGGGCCCACCCUAGGGCCUGCCGGGGCCGAGGCACCAACCCGGACUUGUACAGAGCGACCCCAGGGCCGCCCCCUCCCGCUUGCUCCCCAGCCCAACCCGCCCCCCUGUACAGAAUGUCUGCUUUGGGCGAGGUUUUGUACUCGGUUUGGAAUGGGGAGGGGGGGGGCGGGAGGGGAAGAGAGGGUUGCCCUCGGCCCUUUCUGUGGCUUCUCUGCGUUUGGGUUUAUUUUUUAUUUUUCACAAUCCCAGAAUCAAAUCCGUGUCCAGGCUGGAGGGGGCAGGGGCCCUUUGGGUGGGGGACAGCAGAAACUGAAGGGUUAGGCGAGGAAAAGCAAAGGAGCUAAGACCAGAGGGGUCUGAAGAAAGGAGAGAUAGGGAUUGGUCCACUCCAGAGGACUGUCCAUUCCCUAGAGCAGAGCAAUUUUCCCAGUCGAAUUCGGCAGGAACCACAUCAUCUCCAGGAAUGGGUCAGGGCAUGCUGUCUUGGGCCCCAGACCAGGGUAUUUCUUUCCUCAGAGAGCUAGGCACGAGCUGGGUAGGUGUGAAAAAGCAGAGGACUCUGGGAGCUUUGGGUCUCAGGGCAUAGUUGUCCUGGCUCCAGAGAGGCCAGCCUUUCCACUUGAUCUUGGAGCAGCUUCUCCCACACCCCACUCACAGGGAAGGAAACCGGUGGGAGAUGAGGUGCAGAGCCUAGAGCAGAGGACCAGGCAUGGAGGCUGGGCUGCAGUGCUUCACACUGAGCUGGAAACCAAGGCAGAAAGGAGGCAGUCUAGAGUGAAAGAGAGGCAGAGGCUGACUUGUCACCCCCCACCCAACAUACACACAUGCUUCUAAAAUUUAUAUAAUACUGCAUCCCCCAUCCCUCCCCUCCCAUCAGAAGCAGCACAGUCAGGGGAUCAGGGCAUGACAGGGAGAAGGGAAUAGAGUGGGCCAGGAAAGGACAACAAGGCCAUACUGUCUCCUUUCUUUAAUGUCAGCAGUGGGAGAGGAAUUGCCCUGGGGCCCCAACCCAGCCUGCUCUCUAAGGACAGGCCCAGCCUCCCCUCCUGGGCAUUGAACUGUUGCAUGGCAACCCCUUCCAAGGCUUUACAAACCAGCCAGUCCCCUCCUAUGCCAUCCAGUGCCAAAGCCCCUUGCCCCCAGCAGACUGACAGAUAUAACAUUUGCAAACAAAAAAACUAGAAGGAUCUUAACUGCAUGAAGGUGUUCCCUGCCCAAAACCCCAGGACAAAAAUCCUCGGGGAGGCCCAUGGGUAGGUGGUGACUGUGGGAAGGUAUACAGAAGGGCUUUGGGAGAUUAGGGUACAUACCUCACCCAGGGAGGAUACCCGGUCCUAUUCUUAACCAUGUUACCCCCCCAGUGCCCAUCUGCCUCCAAGAGAGGAAUCUCAGGGUGGGUCUCUGCUCAGCAUCUGCCCUGACCUCCCCACUGAGGACACACACACACACACACACACACUCACACUCUCCCUCAAGCUCCCCUCCCCUGCCACUAAGUCUAUGCACACCCCAGGCCUCUCCUGGAUCCUAACUUCCAAUCCCCUCACUUCCUCGCCUCCCAACCCCCACCCCACUCAGCUCAGUGGGGUGAAGGGUUGGGAGGGGGGGUGAGAUCUCCUGUCUUUGCAUCCCCGCCCUUUCUUCUCCUCAUCCAUUUUGCCUCCUUGGUCCUGAGCUGGUUGCUAUGGAGACGAGGCCUGCUCACUACCCCCUCCCCAUCCCACCCUGCUCAGCCCCGCUGCUUUAGGGCUCCUGGCCUGCCCCCAACUCGGGCCCAGGACUCCUUCUGGCACUCCCCUCACUCCUCUCCCAGCCUAUGCCAGCAGCCCCAGUAAGAAUGGUGGGGAGGAGGGGCAUUUGCAACCUGGCAAGGGAACCCACCUCUCUCCCUCCCUGCCAAAGUGUAGUCUCCCUUCAGUUCAGGUACCGCCCUUCUGAAUCUUCCAAACGCCGGGCACAGCAGGCAGCCCCACGCCCAGACCAGGGGCCCAAUCCCCCUCCAACUGAAAGGGCCCCGCCGGGCUCUCCAUCCCGGCCAUCCCCUUUCGGGACAAACAACUCUAACUCUUUCGAGCUGAACCACUCUGUCCAUAUACACAGAAGCCAUAUUUGUACGGGGGGGCCGGGGAGGGGGGCCUGUCGUGCUGUGUGUGUCUGUCCAGGGAGGCGGGAGGGAUGGGGCCGGGAUGGGAGGGGAUCGUGUAUCUUUAUAACCUUUCUAAUUCUCCUGUGCUAAUCUCAGAGGGGCUACUCCUCAAUAUAUCUGGAUUAUCCGUGUCA